AUGACAAAAAAAAUUAAAUCAUCAGAGGAGACAGAUAAACAAAUUGCUCUCCUUGAAUUUACUAUUAAGUACUUUGUUGACCUCUUACAGCCACAAAUUAAUCAAACCAUCGCACACUACCAGAAGAAACAAUCAACUAAUGCAGAAGAAGCACUAGAAGAAGAGAAUGACGAGGAUUCUAACGAGGAGGAUGCUGCUGCGGAGGAGGAUAGCGAAGCAGAAGAAGAAGAAGGACCUAUCUAUAACCCUCUUAAUCUUCCUCUAGGUACACCAUUCUAG